AUGAGUAUUUUGGAGUUACAAUAUGGAGGUCUUGAAAAUGUUGGAUUUACAAAACGAAAUCUUCACAAUGUCGAAAGGGAUAGGAGGAAAUCAUUAGAUGGACAUGACGAGAAUAUGAUGUACGAGUAUUUGCAGAGUGAAAAAAAAAAAAAGAAUCCCGAGUUUGCAUUUACAUUCGAGAUGGACGAUGAGCAGAGAAUGACGCAAUGGUUUUGGGCCGAUGCAACCUGUAGAAAGUCAUACAAGUAUUUUGGGGACGUGGUAGUGUUUGAUAAAUGGUUGAAAGCGAUGCCAGGAGGCCCGCCCAAAAUGAUCAUAACCGAUCAGGAUCCGGCAAUGGCAAAAGCAAUUGCUUCUACACUUCCAAACACGUAUCACAGAUGGUUAGAUAUUAUGCAGAAAAUAAACUUGUCCUGCAAUGAAUGGUUAAAUGGCAUGUACACAAUUUGUGAUAGAUGGAUUCCUGCAUAUAUGAAACACAUUUUCUCUGCCCACAUGACUAGUAGUCAAAGAAGUAAAAGUGAUCAUGCAUUCUUCAAGAGGGCAGUUUCACAUAUACGGCAUAAUGAAUUGGAUUUAGAUCAUAAUGAUGUGAAUGAGAAGCCUGGGGCAGAAAUGGAAGGUUCAAGAUGGCGUAAGAUUUCGGUAAAUAAGUCAUCAAACAAUGUCAGCUGUAGUUGUAAGAUGUUUGAAUAUGAUGGAAUUUCAUGUCAGCACAUGCUAGCAUAUUUUGCUAGAAUGCAGAUAAUGACAUUGCCUGAUCAAUACAUCUUGCGGAGGUGGACUAUAGCAGCAAAAGCUAGCAAGGUUAUGGAUGACUUGGGUGGGAAAAUGGGGAAAAAAUAUGUGGCAAUUCAAUAUGGAACACAAGUUUUGAAAGAAGCUUUGGAAUCAGCUAGAAAAAGGGUUGCACUCAAGAAGACUUCUCGCAAAGAUGGCAAAGGGAGUGGUAUCCGUGUUUCUAUCUCUCUUGGAAGCCAACUUAGUUAUAAAGAAUCACUCCCAGUCAGAGUAAAGGGUUGUGGGCAAUUUCAUGACAAAAGGAACUGUCCAAAACUUCUCAACAUGUAUGUGUAUGCAUCUAAGUCUUCCCAAGAUGUUAGGUUGAAUGAUGAGGACGACACUGACUAUGAGUGA